UCCCAACAGGUCAGAGUGAAGAAGGGCUAUUCGAGUGGGAAAAAAGAUUCUUUCCUGACCUGGCUGUUUCCCGAGCUUUUUUUAACCUCUCUCUUGAAGCCUUUGCAACAAUGAACGAGCCCUUUAGAAGAUUGCGGGGGCAAUUUGCCUUUCUCUUGGCUGCCACCUUCGGACAAUCGAUAAGAACGGGUGCGAGGAUUGCGCGAUGACUUUGCGGGCAGUGGGCUGUUCAGUCGCGCUCGUCGCUGCCCCAGCUGUGCACCGCAUCCCCUCAGUUCCUCGGGGAAUCAGUCUUGAGGGAGAUGUGCCCAUGCAUGUGCGUGUGUGACUAAUCUCAUGGACGUGCUGGCUUUUUAACUGUUUAAUAACAGGAUUUCACAGUCCCACCGCGGCAGCAACAAGCGGCCAACAACCAGCCCGGGCUGCGAGCCCAGCCAGCUCAGUCUGCAAUGGACACGGACAAGCCAGCGGAAGCUGCGCCGGGACCGCGCAGCACCCGCACACACCAAGAGGGGGCUGUGCCAAGCAAGGGCGAACGUGGGCACCCCUCCACAGGUGGUGGUGGGGUCGGAGCGGGGGCCGGGCACAGACGUGCCCCGCGUGUGCCCCGUGUGCCGCCCGGCCCCGCGGGGACGCGCUGCCCCGGGCCGCCGCGCCGCUCAUCGAUGCGCUCGGCAAGCCGGCGCCCCGCCCCGCGGGUGCCGCGUUGGAGGCGCUCGGCGCUCGGCUGGCCGGCGGUGGCGCGGGUCUCUUGUCUCCCUGUCCAAGAUGGCGGCCGCGGGCGGCGGCGCGGCGGGAAACGGCGGGGCCGAGUGAGGCGGCCGCGGCCCGUCCCCACCCUGCGGCCGCGGCUUGGCGCCGGCGGUCCUUGUCGCCGCUGGGCGGCCCCGCAGUCGGGGCACGCCCGGGCCUACUGCAGGGGCGGAGCCGCGGGCUGGCGUGAGGCUGGAGCCCGCUCGGACCUUUUCCUAUAGAUGGGAACGGGGGAAGGAGCCCAGACGUGGCAGCUCAUUCACAGGCUCCUGCAGGACCACCAUGGCUUAUGAUGGCGCCAAGAAGAAAGAAGAGUCCCUAGAGAGUCACCGAAGUGUUGACGACGGGCUGGCACCUGGCAGGAUACAGCGAGAGAAAAAGCGCUCAUACAAGGAUCUUCUGCAAGAAGAAGACGAGAUAGCAACUCAGGACAGUGAGUUCUUUCCGGGGACAGAAGCUCACAAAAAGAAGAGAAAGCAUUCCUCCGAUGAGUUCUGCUACAGAGGUGUCUCGCCUUUGGAUCUACCAUCAAAGAAGAAGAAAAAAGCAGCUUCUAGCCCAUCCUCAGCUGAUACAACCAUGGAUUUACUUAAGACUAUCAACUCACCUUUGGCCACAAGCUCAAAGUCUUCAAAGAGGACCUCUGAAAAAUCAUCUCAUUCUUCCUCUGGCCAUUCUGAAAGCAGAAAGGAGCAUCCCAAGAAGAAGUUGAGUGGAAGCAGUGGGGAGCACUCAGUGGAUGACAGCAGCUCCCACAAAUCUAAAAAAAUGAAACCUCUUUACGUGAACACAGAGACACUUACUCUUCGUGAACCUGACGGCUUGAAGAUGAAGCUCAUCCUUUCACCAAAAGAGAAAAGUAGUGCAGCAGAUGAUGAUUCUUUAUCCUACUCUUCCGUACCAGCAGCUGCAAAGAAAUCUUCAAAGAAAUCGGCUCGAGAUGAGCAAGGCUCAUUCUUGCUGGGACAGGAUCUGCAGAGCUUCCUGAAGUCAUCCCGGAAAAAGCACAAACCACCUCCGGACUCACAUCCACCUUGUGCUGACACCUCCCUUCAUUCAGAGGGCCAUGGGAGUGAGUACGAGGUUUCAGGUAUGGAGGCACCACCAGAAUCUGGUUCUUCUUCUGGUGGAGAGUUGGAGGCUGGAGAGCUGGUGAUAGAUGACUCCUACCGGGAAAUCAAGAAGAAGAAGAAGUCCAAAAAAAGUAAGAAAAAAAAGGACAAGGAGAAACACAGAGAGAAGAAGCACUCCAAGUCAAAAAAGAGUUCUGGGCACUCUCCUGUGGCAGUAGCAGAAGUAAGAGUGUCACCACCACCUGCCAGUACCCCCUAUGGUGUCCCUCCACCUCCUCCUGCUGUUUUUCACUCUGAUGGUCAAGGUGAGAAGAGGAGGAGAAAGGAAGACAAGGAGAAGGACAAGGCUGAGAAAUGGGAAAAGCCAAAGAAGAAAAACAUGUCUGCUUAUCAAGUGUUCUGUAAGGAAUAUCGUACAACUAUUGUGUCUGAGCAUCCUGGGAUAGAUUUUGGAGAGCUAAGUAAAAAACUGGCAGAAGUGUGGAAGCAGCUACCCGAGAAGGAUAAGUUGAUCUGGAAACAGAAAGCUCAGUAUCUCCAACACAAGCAGAAUAAAGCAGAGGCCACCACCGUGAAGAGAAAGGCAUCAUCUUCAGAUGGUGCACCAAAAAUGAAAGCUUCUCCAACAGGAGUAGUUUCUCCUCACAAAAAAUCCCCCACCAGCACCGUGGUGGUGCCUUCUUCACCAGCCAAAGCCCCUGAGACAGAUCCCAUUGAUGUAGCUGCACAUUUACAGUUACUGGGUGAAUCUCUGAGCCUCAUUGGACACAGACUGCAGGAAACAGAGGGAAUGGUGGCUGUUUCUGGAAGUUUGUCAGUACUCCUAGAUUCAAUCAUCUGUGCUUUGGGCCCGUUGGCAUGUCUGACCACACAACUGCCUGAGUUGAAUGGCUGCCCAAAACAUGUUUUGUCAAACACACUAGACAACAUUGCCUACAUCAUGCCUGGACUUUGAUGGGAAAGGAUCCUGGGAUGUACUCAACCUCUGUGUAACUGACUUGUGUACGUGCACUACGCCAACGUUCCUGAGGGGCUCCAUAUGGAGGCUUUUAAAGUUUUAUACAUGUAUAGUAUAUACAUAGGAUUGUAACUAUUUGACUUCUAUUUUGUGAAAAGUUGUGAAUUUAAGCUGAGAAAACCCUUUUGUGUUGGUGGGUGAGAUGUCCUCCAGUCUGAAAGUAUUUUGUAUGGAGAAUUCAGAAAGCUUUUGAGAUAUUUGCCUUAAAUUCAGAUUUAGUGGGGGAAGCAAACAGAGAAUGGACUUCUCAAUAUAAACAAGAAAGCUGUCACCAUGAGAGAGGUCAUUGAAACAGGUGGCCCAGAGAGGUUCUUGACUCUCCUUCCUUGAUGAUAUUCAAAAACUGAACAAGCAGCCUGCUCUAGUUGGACUUGCUUUAAGCAGGGAGAUGAAUCAGAUGAUCUCCUGAUAUCCCUGCUUAAACUAAAGUAUUCUGAUAUUCUGUGGGCAGGUAGAGGUGAUACAUUUUGGACCAGGGAAUAGAACUGAAUUCUUCACCAGCCCUAUUUGUGACUCUUUCUGUUUAAAACACACUUCUUGAGGAGAAAGCUGGAUAGCUUUUUUGCCUCUUGGUCACUUUCUCCAACCACCACACCUCAGUCAGUAAUAACUAAAAGUUGUCAGUGUUGGCUGGCUGGUCUGGUAGCUGGUAUUUGAAAUGAAGUAGAUGACAAUAAGUUUAAUUUUUCCUUGCGGACUCAAGUCAUUAUUAGCACAAUGUAUCAAGCCAUUGCAUUGGCGUGAGAGAAUGAACCUCCUGCUGAUUUUUCCAUGGCAUGGUCAGCCUGCUUUGAUGGAAAGGAGUAGAGAAGCAGAUGAGAUAAAAUUCUUUUGCUUCUGCCUUCUUUUGCUUCUGCCUUCUUUUGCUUCUGCCUUCUUUUGCUUCUGCCCUCUUUUGCUUGCACCUCUUUUGUGAAAUGGCUCAUCCACCAUCUCUCUCACCAGCACUAUUGCAGGAGCUGUGGUGCUGCUGCAAGGCAGUGACCAGUGGCCAGUUUGAGGCAGUUACGACCAAGUAAGGCACAUGUGGGUUGAUUGGACCGGUUUCCCUUCCUUCUAGCCACAUACUUGGAGUUUGGUUUUCUGCUCCUCUGGAAGAGGAGCAGCAGGAGAACACUUGAUUCCUGUUUAGGCUUUUGUCUGUAUGUAUGUAUGUGUAUGUGGUGUUCAUAUCACAUAUAUUUAACUUCUACCAAUAUCUGUAACAGAUUUUAAUUUAUCCUGUAUAUUUCUCUGUGUGUGUGUAUAUAUUUAUAUAUAUAUACAUAAUUUAAAAGCAAAAAUUCCCCCCUCAGCCAACAGUGUGUGAAAAAUGUGAAUCAAGUUUGUCUCAGCUCACUUCCUACAGGAAUCAACUCUAUAGAAGUAAGCAUGGGCAUUGUGUAAAGAAACACCAGGAAGAUUCUAGAAGUUUGUAGAAACAGACUAUCUUGUGAAGGUGGGCAGAACAACUGAAAUAUCAUUUGACUCAGGCCUUAUCAGCUCUGUUACAGCAAAGUUUUAAAAUUAGAGAAGAGGCAUUUUUUACUUCCAAGUAAGUCUAGCUUCUGUUUUUUAGGAUGGUUGAAUGUGAUCUGUCCUUCAUUGUGGCUGAGCCCCAAAUCAGAAGUAAAUUAAAUCCUGGGGUGUGGAAGGUUUUUCUCCCCAUGCCUCUUUGCCACAUAUUCCUCAGAUGUGCCUGAACAAGGUAGUCUGUCUCUUACAGAUCUUUUCGUAGUGCAGUAAAGGGUUUUCUCAGCAGAGGAGGCGCAGAAGGUUCUCAGACCACCAGGCCAGAACACGUUUUAACAGCUUAGGACAAAUCCCAAUGAGCCUGGAAAUAGGAAGGGCCCAGGAGGGAGGCAGUCCAAUUCUGCUUCAGAUCCUGGCCCAUACUAAAGCAUUUGCUGUUGAGAGCAGCACAGAAUAACCAGCUCUUUCCAGCCCUUCAUGGUUGAGAGGAUUGUGGUGAAUGGAUAGAUCUGCUUUUGAAGAAAGAGAAGGGAUCAACCUUAGCUUUGUCCUCUGUACAACUGAAAACUCUUGAAGAGUGAAAAACACACACGACCCUGGUGUAUUGUAUUUUUAUUGAAAUUUGUACACUUUGUAUAAUCUGUAUCUUGUGGUAUUUGGUACUAUAGGGAAACUUUGUCAAGACUUAGCAGUUUUUAUAUUUUUGUUAUUUCUUUGCUGGUUGGUCCAGAUUACAUUACAAUUAUACACAGACUUUUUUGUACUGUACUUACAAUAUAUUUUUUUUUUAAA